UUUAAGAACGUGGCACCUACAUUGGAAGAGAAGCAAUCGGUGCUGUUGGUCACCUUUUUCCAGAAGAAGAAUGAAUUCAAUCGGGACGAGACACACACGACAUCUACGCCGCAGCCCACCAGUAACUCGGAAAUCAUCGAUCGUCUGAAUUCAAUUUCAUCUGACGUUGAGAACUUGAAACAGUUGUGCUAUGACUUUUCAAAGCGGGUUAUGGCUGAUCUAGAGCUAUUCAAGAAUACAUUCAUUUCUGGACACGAGAAUGUUGUUACCGCAUUUAGAACGAAAUCAGAAGCUCUCCAGAAACGUGCAGAAGAUAAAUCUGGGCACGAGAAUGUCGUCACCGCAUUUAGAACGAAAUCAGAAGCUUUGCAGAAACGUGCAGAAGAUAAAGAGACUGUUGUUAAGUCCGGGCAGGAGAAUGUUGUUACCGCUAUUAGAACGACAUCAGUAACUCUCCAAAAACGUGCAGAAGAUAAAGAGACUGUUGUUAAGUCCGGGCAGGAGACUAUUGUUACCGCUAUUAGCACGAAAUCAGAUGCUCUCCAAACACGUGCAGAAGAUAAAGCUAUUGGAGAAAGCCGGGAUCACGCUAUUAUCAGCCCGGCGGAAGAUGAUGACCCUUUUUCACCAAUCAACACUCAAUUUCUAGUUGAGGUAGAUACUGCAGAAAAAAUUAACUUUGCCUUAAAAGAAAAGAAUCAGUCUGAAGUAGGUGCGGAUCAAAGAAAUGUAGAUGGUGGAAAGAGUAGUGAAAAUGUUGAACCAGAAAGAGACUCGAGGAAGAAUCUUCUCCAAAAGUCUUGCCCUUUUGAUUGUGAUUUCUGGGACCUUUCCAAUAUGGAUAAUACCGUAAUGGGUUAUAAUAAUUGGAUUGGCGAGGGAUUGCUACAGCGAUGCCGAAAAGAGGGUGAU